AAUGUAACAUUUGAGAGAGCAGGCAGCAGAGCAGACCGCGCACAGAGCAGGAAUGGGUAGCUUGUCACGUACAUAACAGCACGGGGGAGCAGGCUCAGCAGUGCCACCUCCCUAUACCGCUCAUUCAGGAUUUAUACUGAGCUGCAGCUCCGGGAUAUAGGGACGUACCAGUUGAGCUACUUCUCCAGCAGGUAAGGCACCCUGCCAGAACAAACCUAUAUGCUGUACUGUCUUCACCGCGUCCUUUGUCUGCCGAUUAUCCACAAGAUUUGGCUGAGAACAUGGAGGGCACUUUGCAGCUAAUGGAUACUGGAUCUGAAAAUGAUUGUUCGGUGAAGAUCCCAUGUACAGGAAUGAAUUGCCCAGAUUCUGAGGACGGAGAGUUCCCCAAACAAUCGGAUAAAAUUCCUCCAGUAAAGCCAUGUUUCAAAAAAAAGCAAGCACAAAAAAUGUUAAAUGCAGACACUAUCCAUGCCUUGCGGCCAAUAUUUAGUAGUUUUUUGGGGUCUGGUACUCUUGAUGGAAUAUUUGUGUCCAGGAAUCAGACUGGGAAUACUAGCAAUUUAUGUGAGCCCCUUGUAAAAAAGGAAUUGGGUAUGGAACAGCAAUGUCCUCAGGCCAAUACGACGAUACCAGGGGAUCCAAGCCUUGGACCUGUGACAGAUCACCCAUCCUCUAUAACAAACGAACAAGACAAUAUUGGAGAAUGCCUACCAAAUGUAAUUGAAACUCCUGUACCAGCAUUUCCUUCAGACAACUCUAGUCCCACUGACAGUAACACUGCUAAUGGAUCUUUCCAGGAUCUCUUACAAACAAACUCAAACGAUUCCACCAUUCCAGACUGCCUGGACAAGAUUUUAGAAAAUUCUUCAUCUGGGCUGUUUCAAGAUAAUAGCUGUAUGGACCAAUUCAAUUUAAGCCAAAAUAACAACUCAAACUCUGGGAUAUUUGAAGACAAAACUGAGGAGGCAUCUCUGCUGCUUGUAUUUGAACUUUUGAAUCAGCUACAAUAUCAUAUCCAUCAAAGGGAUGGGGUAGACAUUUGUGUGGAUUUUUUACAGGGUUUGUGCUUUUAUGGUAAGGAUUGCCAAAAACAUCAUACAGUAUUGCCUUAUCACUGGCAAGUUAGGAGAAUCUCCACCGGCAUCUGGCAGAGUGUGAAUGAUGAUUCACAGGAGCAUAUGGAAAGACUGUAUUGCAGCCCAGAUAGUGACAGAAUCAAAAUGAGAUAUCAGGGGCAGGAUUUCCUGGUAGACUUGAACUGUAUGAGCAUAUACGAAUCUCUUGAAUUUGACCAAAUCAGGCGACUUUCUACACCGUCAACCACUGGUGCAUCUUCUAAUUAUCACACUGUCUGGAAGUAUUUUUGCAGAGACCAUUUUGGGUGGAGAGAAUAUUCAGAGCCUGUUGUGAAACUAAUAGAAGAGGCCAACUGCAGAGGGCUAAAAGAGGUCCGCUUUGUUACAUGGCACAACCAAUACAUAUUGAAUAUAAAAGAUGGAUUUCAGCAGAAUGCUUGCUUCCGAAAGGAAAUCAAAAGGCGGCCUUUAUUCCGAUCAUCUGUCAUGCUUUUGCCACAUUUACAGACACUUAGUGGAUUAUCGUCAUCCUCACCAACAAUGACGGACUCUUUGCAUAUUUUAUCACCCGUUGCCAUCACAUCUCCAAAUUUUUAUCCAGAAACAUGGGUCCCCAUGGAUUCUUCUCAAGAGUUUGUUCAAGUGCCUAUGGCCAAGGAAGACAAAAGCUACAGAACGGUUUACACACUUUUUCAUAAAACUGUGCCAGAGACCAAGUUCCGAAUUCUUAAGAUAAUGCGUGUCCAGAAUCUGUUCCUGUGGGAAAAAUAUAAAAGGAAGAAAGAAUUCAUGGCAAGGAAAAUGACGGGACUAGAUAGGAUCAUGAACGAAAGACACUUGUUCCACGGGACCUCCCAAGAUGUUGUAGAUGGGAUCUGCAAACACAACUUUGACCCACGUGUGUGUGGAAAACACGCCACCAUGUUCGGCCAAGGCAGUUACUUUGCCAGGAAAUCAAGCUACUCUCAUAAUUUUUCCAAACGAUCCCCAAAAGGAGUUCACUAUAUGUUUCUGGCUAAAGUAUUAACAGGAAGAUAUGUGGUUGGAAAUCACACAAUGAGGAGGCCUCCACCGUUAAACCCAGGGAGCAUGACCAGCGACCUCUAUGACUCUUGCGUGGACAAUUUCUUUGAACCCCAAAUCUUUGUAAUAUUUAAUGACGACCAGAGUUAUCCUUAUUUUAUUAUUCAGUAUGAAGAAGUUAGUAACACUGUUUCCAUUUAAAGAAGUGAAUGCUGCUUAACUAUUACUUAGGAAUUGUUAUUUAAAUUUCUGAAAAGAACACAGAACUCUACAAAUUCUGUGAGAUGGAAAAUGACCAAGUGUGCACUUGUUGCUAAAUUAUGUGCAUAAUGUAAAUAUGUUUUUCAUUGUAAAAUUGUGUGCCUUUUUGUUAAUAAAACACUAUUUAUGUGAAUAAA